AUGCGUGCGCAAGACGGGAUCAUUCAGCGUCAUUCAAACAUGGCAGAGAACGGUUCGCUUGUCACGGUGUCAGGGGCAGCCCUAUCUUUGCUUUUAUACGAAAAUGUGCGAAGUAUGGGCGAUCAGAUUGGUUUUCUGUUGGGAGAAGUUGUUAUCUAUGUUACCAAAAAUGUCACUGAUUCCGACAGACAAGUAGAAAACAUACAAACACAUGUCGAUAUAAACACAAUUCUUACCUAUCCAUCGACAAAUUCACUCUACAACGGCAUAGGUCAUGUGGAUAAGGAAAAACUGAAAUCAUUCAUUCGCGAUAAGAGCAAACACAUCGUUGGAUGGUUUCGAUUCAGGAGAAAUGGAUCCCUUGCACCCACUCUGCAGGAUAAAAUUUUACACAAGGAACUUAGAUCCACUCUUUUCAACAGCGAUACUAGGAAUCACGAAUACUUUACCAUGUGCCUUCUUAACACCUCUGUAUCGAAUCGGGGUGGAACGCAUAAGUUUAGACAUGUUUUUCUUCGUUAUAAAAAUUGCGAUUUUGUGCCAAUACCACUGAGAAUAAAUAACUUGGGUGACGAUUCUUCUCGCCCAGAUGGGUCAGAUUACAAACCCACACCUCUACACAAAUCUCUGUCUGAAACUGAUGCGUUUACGAAAAUCAUCAAAUCCCUGAAUUUAGAUGUGGUGAGAACUCCUGGAACAGAAUUGGUCACCUGCAUUCAGAAAGCAACCGAGGAACAUCUGGAACAUUUAAUUCCAAAGCUGUCCGCUUCAGACAGAGAGGUUUCCCAGUUAGAAAACAAAGUACGCCAAUUACAAACAAUGAUACUUGCUAAAAAAUUGUCCAGUAGGACGAGAGAGCGAGAAAUAUCUUGCCUGGAAAAUCUGAACUGUCAGUGGGAGAAAAAUGAGCAAGAGAGAGAAAAAAAAAAGCUAGAGUCGAAGCUAUCUGCCGACAGAAUACGGGACGAAUUAAUCGAUAUUUUUAAUGACGACAACCAGGCUGUUAGGAAUCACUCCAUGGUACAGAGACAGGCGUCGUAUUCCAACAAGCAGAGGAACCUCGUAAUUCAAGCACAGAAAAGUGUAAAUGUGAACCCAAAGAAUUUCAAUCAAGACGGCACUAAAGGAAAGUUUAAUCCUGACUCGUCAAAACCAAAUACAAGCAGAGUUCAAGAUCCCCCAAUAGCUUCAGUAGCACUUGUGGAGAUUGAUAUGACUGAGAAUAGCCCGAACAAAGAUAGUAGAUCAGUGUCCAAAGAAUCAAGCUCAAGUCCCGAAUGCUUAAUGUUUAAAAGCAAUGAAGACCAUAACGAUUCAAAUUCAGCUCCAGGCCGGGGAUACGGUCGUAACGUUGGUAAUCGAUCCGACACAUUCGAGUCAAGUUUUGGAUCUAAAAAAGCCCGUCGAGGAAAACCAAGAAUCGCCUCGCAGAGCCAAUCACCGACUGAACACGAAAAACCAAAGGUGGUCGCGAAGCUAGAAUCCCCUGCUUCUUCUUUGUCGUACAGUCAGGCCACCCGUAAAUCUAACGAUGCUAAUACUAUCCAAUCUUCAGGUUCGCAGGAGUACUGAAUGACUUGGUAAUCUUGCAAAGAUAUUCAAACCAUGUUAUGUAUAAAAAAUACGAGCACAGAUGGUACAGAACUAUGUAAUCGUGGCAGAGGCAUUGGCCUACAAAAAACACUAAUAAGUAAAUGAUUUUCAAACGAUCUAAUUGCAAAUCACAUCAAGUAAACUAUAUUUGUGAAAAAAUAUCCUUGCAAUUCAUUGCUGUAGGUCAUUUUUAUUCGUUUGACGCAAUAGAACAUAGGAACUUUUACGCAGGAUUUAUCUAUGUUACCACAAGGUUCAUUUUUUUUCUGCAAAUAAAAAUAAACAUAACCAGAUGAUGUCUGAACAUUUUAACAGCGUUCGAUUUGUGCGUAAUUUUUUUCUCGUUCUCGCGUGAUAAACCAAAGUUAUCCUAAUUGCAAUUGCUUGGAUGUUCAUGUAUAGUACGAUCUCCUUAAUUUCGUAUCAUUAUGAUAAAGACGAGUCAAAUGGAAUUAUUAUCAAAGAAUCUGUAAAGUUAAUUUGCAAAUUUUACAAUUUUGUUGCCAGAAAAAACUUGGGCUCGCAAAAAGUUCCGUUUUGUAGAUGGAAAUAAGUAAGAAGGCACACUUGUAAUUAAAAGACCAGUUUACUGUCAGUUGUAUUUUACAAAUCGCUUGGAUAAAAUAUAAAAGUUGAUACAUAUAGUCCCUUCUGCACAAUUGUUUUUCUCGGUAACAGGAAAAUACCAAGAGCUUAGCAACUUGAUAAUUUAAAAUUUCUAACUUUCACUUAAAAUGCAAAACCUAAUUUUUGCAUUAUGUGUAAUUAUAUCCCAAUCGAGUAAAUAAAUAGAAAACAUGUAUCUACCACGUUCAUAUUAAUGUUAAACGCAAUAUAAAUGUAUUCUGUUUGUGUACUUGUAUUAUCUUGAUUGAAUUAACAAUUUAAUGUCGAAAUAAUAAAAAUAACGUAUUUUGCUUAUUUUGCUUAAAACUUUUCCACAGCACUAAUGACUGAUGGCAAUCGUAGGAUUACGUACAAACGAGAGUACGUACAAAUAUGCUGCCAUACGAUGAUAUCGAAUAUUUAUAACCGUUGUAUUGCUUAAAAAUAUCAGAAGUUAUCAAAUCUAUCCUUGUACUUUUUCGCGGGGUAAUAAAUCCGUAUAAUGUAUACAUCAUUGUUCUACCUGGAGAUCACUUUAUUCGGGGAGAACUUUGCCGCUAUCUUAGUUCGUUAAUAUUAAGUCCCCAAUUUGAACUGGAAGUGAAAAUACAACUAGCAUAAAUGUCAUAAGCGUGUCUAGUAUUUACAUUCGCAAAAACAUAUUUUUUUAACAUAUUUUACUUGAGGCUUGCAAAAUAAUGUAUCUAUGGAAAGUGCUUCCAAUUUGAUGAAACAAGGCAGACUUACUAUUAGCAGAUCGGUCUGAUAAGAUAAGUGAUUA